CUUGGUUCCUUUUUGACUCUCUCUCUCUCUCUCUCUCUCUCUCUCUGGGUGUUUCACACACACACACUACUCUUUUCUUCUAUAAAACCAAGGGUUCUUUUAAAGUUUCCCUCAAUCUCUGCCUUUUAUUCUGUGUCAUUAUUCUUCCCUAAUUAAGCUUCUAUCCAUUUGUCUUCGGUUAGAGAAACUCCAAACGGCUUCCCUUAUGGCUGACGCCAAAGAUUCCUCCAUGGUGGAUUCAAACGCCCCAAACUCAUCAAUCUCACAUCACAACACUUUCUUCAUGACUCACAGCAACAUCCUCAGAAUCCUAGCCAUUGCUCUUUCAGCAGCUUCAAUCGCCGUCACAACCACCAACAAAGAAACCGUUGUCCUCUUCACCAUGCUCUUCGAUGCCCGCUUUUAUUACUCAUCAUCCCUCAAAUUUUUUGUUGCUGCAAAUGCGGUGGUCUGUGCCUUGUCUGUGGUGACACUGAUAAUGAACUUUCUGCUGGGAAAACAAGCAUCACAGCGAAAAGAAUACUAUUUAUUCCUAUUUAUUCAUGAUAUAUUGAUGACGGUGUUGUUGAUGGCUGGAUGUGCAGCAGCAACAGCCAUAGGAUACGUGGGACAAUUUGGAGAGGAUCAUAUGGGAUGGCUGCCAAUGUGUGACCAUGUGCGCAAGUUCUGCACAACAAACUUGAUUUCUGUUGUGCUUUCUUAUUUGGCCUUCUUUGCAUAUUUGGGACUCAAUAUUUUAACUGCACACAGGUGCAUUUCAUUUGCGCCUAAGAAUUAAUCAUAUAGAUAGAUACCAUGAGUCAUGUCAUGUCUGACCAAACAGGCUCUACUAGAUUAUAAAGAAUAUUAUAUAAUCUAGUUGAGGUUUUAUUUCAUGUUAUGUAUCUAUCUGUUGCUGAAAUUUCAGUUUCGUCUAUGGUUUUAUUAUCAUUACUACAACAGCGCGCGGUAUAGGAAAACAUAUUUACAACUCAUAAUGGUGAUUUAUGACUUGCUUUUAAUAAAAUGUCGUCUUGC